AUGAACUUUUUCGGAGAUGCAUCUUCGAAACUAAUAUGGUGCAUCCCGAAUGUCCAAGGUAUUGUUGUGAAGGCGGUAAAUGUUGAUAAUCAAUUUAAUAACGAGGAAAAGUUUGAAUCUCGUGAUCAAAUGCUUCAAUGGAUUCAUAUGGAGACUUCUAAACUUGGAUUUAGUGUGGUUAUUGGAAGGCCCGAUAAUGGUUUAGAUAGAAGAUGCGUUUUUGUGACAAUGACGUGCGAAAGAAGUGAAAAGUAUAAAACUCUUCUCCGGAAUUUUAAAAGAGGUGACACCGGUGUAAAAAAAUGUGAGUGUCUGUUUAAGGUGCGUGGUUACAUGUUGGCAAACAAAAAUUGGAGAUUUAACGUCAUAUGUGGUUUGCAUAACCAUGAUUUAUGUGAAAAAUUAGUCGGUCAUCCUAGUGUGUGUCAGCUCAUGCCGGAAGAGAAGGAAUGUGUUGCUGACAUGACAUUGAAUUUGGUUCAGCAAAAAAAUAUACUUGCAACAUUGAAACGAAAAAGAUCUAAAAAAUAUAUCAAAUAUCAAGAAAGUGUAUAA